AUGUUGAGCGGUGUGACGGCUACCACGUCGCCUAUGUCUGCGUCCGCACGACCGAGGUCUUUCAAUUCACGGUAUAAUCCACAGGAAUGGGGUCCCAUCUCUGGUGGUACAUCGCCCGUUGCCGCAACGGGAAUGGUACAUCAGCCAGCGCCCUCAUCAACUUCAGUGACAGCUUCCCCGCCUCCGCCUCCGUACUCACCUCCUAGGACAACCUUCCGAGGACAGCGAGCUCAGUCUCCACAGGUUGGCUACCCGGUGGCCAGCAGCCCCAGUCCCAUUCCUGCCCCUAUUCAACAAAGUCCCGCUCCCACCCAGUCCCGUCAGAGAGAGUCUCCGGGGUAUCAUUAUUCUCUUCCGCGUUCCGGUCCAUCACCACCAGUAGGUAGCCAUGAGAUUGAACAGCCGCAGCAUCCAGACCAUAGGUCAUCUUUCGUGCCUUCUCAUUCAACUCACCCCCAACCCCCGGUAAAUGAUGGUUCGUCUCGUCUACAAAACCAUUAUGGAACAGGCGCUGGUCCUGGUCGUACCGAAUUAUCAUCGUCCGCGUCUUCCCAGGCCGUUUUGCAAUCCGUACCCCCAGCAUCGAGAAGGGCCGUGUCUACUGGCGACUUGCCUCAUGGCCGAACAUCAAAUAGGGUCAGUACACAGGCGGAUAGCCAAUUGUCUUCAAGAGGUGGUAGAUGGGAGCCAGGAAUGCCACUUCCACCCCCGCCUCCAGGUCCUCCUCCAGCAGGUGCUCCAAGAAGGACUUCCUUUUCAUCGCAAUCUGCGGUAGAGAGAAACACUGUACCACAGAAUAGAGAAGAAAGACUACGGUCCGGCUCUGGUUCAUCGUCAAUAGAACCUAGUCUUCCUACCAUUCCAGCAACACCGCUUGGAUGGGUUCCUGACCAGACUAAUGUUCCAAGAACUCCCCGGCGGACAUCUGCGUCCCCUCACGACCAACACAGGUCGGUUCCCGCAUCGCCAAGUUUGCUUAAUGCUGUGCCAACCAGCCGUCACGAUGUUUCAGGCCAACCUGCACCGUCUUCCAUCAGAGUCCAAAGCCAGAAGGGGAUCCGUGAGCGUCGUAUUCAAAGCAGGAAUAACAGAACUGAAGGCAGCUCUCAAGGGCAGGAGUCUAAGGAUGAAAGUUACGACAUGACAUGGCCGACAGACCUCGUUCUUAGUUCCCCUGUAUCCAGCGGACUUGUUCGUCGUCGUACUCUUACCAGAGCAACUCCGCGAAGUGCUCGUAGUAAUCCAGGAGAGGAACCUCUUCACAGCGCCAGAUCAGCCACUUCUCCCUUCAGCAAUAAAAUGAACACCAUUACCUCUCCAUAUUCCGCCACUCCUAGGCUACAAACGUUCCCGCAUGAGCCGCUGGCGGGCAGAGGUCAGACUCCUCCAUUCUCUCCAGGCAGGGAACAAAAGUCGCCAGCCAUGGCACCCGAGCCGCUCCAUUUACCUACCAAGGCUCUGCCAACACCACCCCCAGCACAGCAGCAGGAUGCGGGUAUGCUUGGACUAGAACCACGUAGCGCCAGUUCAGACAGGCCACUUUCUCACCUGUUACAUCUCCCCGUUGACGUCUCGCCCUUAGAGGCACAACCCCUGGUCCCAGUUAGAAUUCCAUCUCGGCGUCCUUCCCCGAAAUGUGCUCCAUACGCACCUAUAGAUGGAAAAUUUAUUCAAGAUGCGGAACGUCGAUAUCAUGAAUACCUAAGAAAAGAAUCGGAAGCAACCAAUGCAACUGAUGCGUUGCAAUUCUUUUGCAGUUUUAUCAUUGCCGAGUCAGGCAUCCGUCGCCAUCAGUAUGGCUCAGGGUGGAGUCACUUGACUUUUGAUCCCAAGACUGUUGCCGACAAGUUAUUCGACCUCGCAAGUAACCCGUUGAAGCCUGAAGCCAGGGCUAGAGAUAGAUCUACCGGUCCAUCUGAACCCCCACAGACACCUGACAGGGCCACCCCCAAAAGACGCACUUCCGUGAUUGAGUCUGGCUUAGGGAAUGGUUAUAAACCGGCAUUGUCACCCAUUGCGAGCAUGAGUAUGAGCAAUGAGGAGAGCUCUCGCGGCCGGGCACCUAGUCGCUGGUGGGAAUCUCAGACCGGCAGCGAUAAUGGUGAUGUUGGCGGCAAAGUCUCGCGCACUAAACGGGAGACAAAAUAUAUGGGCUUGCCGCGAGAAAUGCGCGAGGCGAUGCAAAUGGAUCAUUUGACUCCGACUCAAGCUGCUUAUGAUCAACAAACCUCUGGAGACCACAAUCCUUACGCCAAUUAUGGGCCGAAUGAAUACCCUCCGGAAAAAGUAGGCUGGAACGAUCCUGAUACUCCUCAGCCCCUAGGACCAUCACGGACAUUAUCGGCCAUCAACCGGGAAGCUCGCAAGUUGGAUAUCUCAAGAUUGGUUACCUUGCCUCCCCCAUACCCAAGGCAUUAUCCGGGGGUAAAUAAUAACCACCCAGACAUGGCAUUUUAUCGAACGACUGUCCGGACUAUCAGUGACUUGUCAGAGUUGCACGCAACUAAGGCGAGCUAUGAAAAGAAGAUAAAGGCCCUUCGUGAGAAGUACCAGAAGGAGGCCCAGGAAGAACUCCGUGGAUUUAGAGCGCGAAUGAACCAUGGAAUCGAAAGUGGCAGCAUAUCUUAUGCGGAUGCAGCCGAUGCAGAGGCCGGCAGACAGGCUCAAGCAAAUGAAAAAGAGCGUGAGAUCGUCCAAGCUGAGUUUGACAUGUAUCAAGUCGACGUUUUGGAACCGAUGCAGAGUAUCUUGAAAGAUAGAAUCAAAAUUGCAACAGCCUGUAUUGAUGAGCUGCGAGGCAAACUCUUCGACUCAGCACAGCGUCAAACACCAGAUCAGACCCAGGAAGAGGGCGAUGAGGAACCAGAACUGGUAGAAAAGCUGACGCAGCUUAAAUGGCUGUUCGACGGCCGUGAGAAUCUGUUCCGGGAAGAGUACGAUAUCCUCAGCGAACGCAACGAACACUUCAGAGCCGUGGUAUCGCUGCCCUAUCACCAGGCAAAAAAUGCCGAAAAGCUCACUGAAACCAACAACUUCUUCAUUCGUGAUGCUCAAGAUCGAAAGCUCGCCUUCGUAGCCGACACUCUUAAACGCUUUGAGAGCUUUAUGGACGUUAUCGAAGCAAACGUCAGUCGAGGAGUUGAGACUCAACUGUCGGCUUUCUGGGAUAUUACUCCCCCAAUCGUGACGAUCCUGCAAGAAAUCCCACAGAGCCUUGAGGGAUUCUCUGUCCGCAUCCCGCAAAAGGAAUAUGACGAAAACCCAAGUUAUUAUCAGUUUCCACUCCAAUACUUAUACUCACUUGUCACUCAUGCGGGGAAAUCAACGUAUCAGUUCAUUGAGUCCCAGACAAAUCUCCUCUGCCUCCUUCAUGAGAUAAAAUUCAGCCUGAUGAACGCCAACUGCAAGUUCAUGGAAGUACAGCGGAUUAUAUCUGGCGAGGCAGAAGAAGACGUCCACCGCGAAAUGCAAGAGUCUCGUUCCGAAGAGGAGAGAAUCCUCACUCUUGAUCUAAAGGAGAAAGUCGGCAUGGUCGAGGGCCAAUGGGCCGAAGCCCUGGGCCAGCAGCUUGACAGUGUCAAAGAGCGUGUCCGUCACCGUCUUGCCAGUGAAGGCGGAUGGGAAGAAAUGGAGCAGAUGGAACAGACUUGA